AUGGCAGACGACGACUUGGACCAGGAUAUCUUCGACUCGCUCGAGCGUGAGGCCUCUGAAUUUACAAAGGAUGCGGAGAUUGACCGGAUCCGCAACGCAUUUGCUCUCGAUGCCUAUUCUGUGUUAGAUCUUCAACCCGGUGUUACCGAGAAGGACAUUAAAAUUCAGUACCGCAAGAAAUCCCUCCUGAUCCACCCGGAUAAGACCAAGAACCCAGCGGCGCCCGAUGCCUUUGACCGGCUGAAAAAGGCCCAGACCGCUCUCCUCGACGAAAAGCAACGGACGUACCUGGAUGAAUGUAUCGCUGAUGCCCGGCGGCUCCUGAUCCGCGAGCAUAAGUACACAUUGGACUCCCCGGAGUUGAAAACCGAGGAAUUCAAGGUGGAAUGGCGCAAGAAGACCAUUCAUGUGCUGUUGGAGGAAGAAGCCCGGCGACGUCGCCAAGCCAAGGCCCGGUUGCAGGAGGAAGGUCGCGAGAGACAAAAGGAGGAGGAAGAGCUGGAAGCUCGCAAGCGCAAGCGCGAUCAGGAUAAGGCCUGGGAAGAUACCCGUGAGGAGCGCAUUGGCAGCUGGCGGGACUGGCAAAAGGGCCGCAAACCGGGUGGCGAGGACAAGAAGAAAAAGAAAAAGCUGAAGGUGCUUGGAUGA